AUGGGCGUUCGGUGGUCGGACUCGGCUUUCCUCUUCUUGGAGACAGGUGUCUCUGGGGCCAUGUAUCUUGCUUAUGAGUACGCAAGGAGAGGGGCAUGCUUAGCUCUUGUAGAGAGGAGAGAGCAGCGUCUUCGAAUAGUAGCUGAGUGUGCACGAGAGUUGGGGGCUGCUGACGUUAUAGCAAUUCGUGCUGAUGUUUCCAAUGUUGAUGACUGCAAGCUCGUCGUUGAUGAAACCAUGAAUCGCUAUGGCUGUCUUUUCACAGUGGAUCAUCUGGUAAAUAAUGCUGGUGUCAAUCAAGUCUGUAUGUUGGAAGAAGUCGAUGAUAUUACUGAUCUCAGACCCGUAAUGGAUAUUAACUUUUGGGGUUCCGUUUAUACUACCCAGUUUGCCGCACCACACCUAAGAAACAGCAAGGGUAAGAUCAUUGCCCUUUCUUCAUCUGCUUCAUGGUUGCCUAAGCCAAGGAUGAGCUUGUACAAUGCAAGCAAAGCAGCAAUGGCACAAUUUUUUGAGACUCUGAGGGUUGAAUUUGCACCGGACGUCAAGAUAACACUAGUGACUCCUGGGUUUAUAGAGUCCGAGUUAACCCAAGGAAAAUUCUUAACAGAGGGAGGCAAAGUGGUGGUUGAUCAAGAAAUGAGGGAUGUAAGUUUUUCUCCUUCGAUUUGUUGCUUCUCGAUUUCAUAUGGUUCAUUGAGCAUAAUGCCCGUCGCUGCAGCAGAAGCAUGCGCCAAAGCGAUUGUGAAUAGUGCAUGCAGGGGAGACAGAUAUGUGACGCAUCCAGCAUGGUUUAGCGUCACGUUUCUGUGGAAGGUGUUCUGCCCUGAGGUGAUGGACUUGUUUUUCCGACUGCUGUAUAAUCCUAGGCCCGGGGUUUCACUAGAGGAAACACUAAGCAAACAGAUCUUGGAUCUCACCGGGUCCCAGAAAGUACUUUACCCAGGGAACAUCCAAACACCUGAGCAGAAAACAGAUUAA